GCCCAUGGCCGGGGACACCGGGAUGGCCGGGAAGGUGCCACUGCUCCUGUGGGCUCAGACCCUCGGCCUCGCUGGGGCCCAGAGCACCCAGCUCCUGGUGGAGCCCCCCUGGACACCAGCAGUGCUGUGGGACCGGGUGACACUGACCUGCCAGGGCUCAGGGACCACCGGUGACACCACCUGGUACAAGGACAGGCGGCUCUGGUGGCAGGAGGGACCUGACAGCUUCACUGUCGCCAAGAGUGGAACCUACACGUGUCAUAGACCCAGCAGUGGGCUCAGCCCCACCGUGAAGGUGUUAAAUGAGCCACUGGUGCUGCAGAUGCCAGCACGGGCGCUGCUGGAGGGGGACACGGUGAUACUGCGCUGCCGAGCCUGGCCAGACAACCCUGUCACCAGGGUGCGAUUUUACAAGGAUGAGAAGGAGCUCGGUGGGUCCCUCAGGGGCACCGAGCUGUCCCUGUCCCCCCUGCAGCUGCACAACAGCGGCCGCUACAGCUGCGGGGGCUUGGUGGGAACAGGAGCAAAAUUGUCAGCGCCAGUGACAGUGACAGUGCACGGGGUCCCACCCUCGGGGGUGUCCCUGUCGGUGCAGCCCCCCGGGGGACAGGCGGCACAGGGGGACCGCCUGGUGCUGAGCUGCACGGCGGCCAUGGGGUCAGGUCCCCUGUCCUUCUCCUGGCACCGGGGCAGCUCGGGGAUACCGCUAAGCACAGGACCUCACCUGGAGCUGCAGCACGUUGGGGACAAUGACAGCGGCCACUACCAGAGCCGGGUCAGCAAUGGGGACAGCGUGGCCGAGAGUGUCUCCCUGAAUGUCACUGUCUUGGUGCCCGUGGCCAAUUCCACCAUCACCCCUGGUCCCCUGGCACUCCAGGUGCGCCCAGGUGACCCCGUGACCCUGCGCUGCUCGGUGCAGGUGCGCUCAGCCCCUGUCACCUUCACCUGGCUGCACAACGGGCACGAGGUGGCCCAGGGUCCCCUCCUGGAGCUUGGGGACAUCGAUGUGGGACAUUCGGGCACCUACCAGUGCGUGGCCACCAACCAGCUGGGACAGGACGGGCACCGUGUGUUCCGGGCACUCAGCCCAGAGCUGGCCCUGGAGGUGACACCACAGGGAGCCCCUGGACACCACUGGAUCACAGCAGUGGCUGUGAAUGUCGGCAGGACCCUCCUGUACCUGCUCCUGCUCCUGGCUGUCAUCGGGGGCUGUCACUGGUGGCACCACCGGGGUGACCCACGCGGAGCUGCCAGGGCCCCAUGGGUGACAGCGGGACCCCAGUGACAUCUACAAUGACAUGCUGUGACACUGGGGGCUCUGGAGGUCCCUGCCCGAGGGCACCCCCCUGUGUCCCCCCGGCCAUCCCAGAUCCAGUGGGUGCCCAUCCUGCCCAGGAGGUGGCCACAAAUGGGAGGUCACAUGUGGAGCUUCCCAGAGCUCCCUGUUCCAGUGCUCCGAGUACUCUCAGUACUGCCAGGGGCUCCUAAUUCCCUCCCCUAAUGUCACGAGACACGGAAUUCUCAUGUCUCUUAUUGGACACAAAAUUCAGAUUUUGGAUUAAACCAGAAGAAAUUG